GUACCCGAGAUAACAGCCCUAGAGGAGCAGGUUUAUGUGCUUUAUCGACAGAGAGCCCAAAAACUGGUUCAACGCAGAAGGCAAGACAUUAGAGAUCAAAACGAUGAAUUUUCACCGUUUGCAGGUAAAGGUGCAACAGCUGAUGAAUACCGAACAAGACGGGCAGCAGAACGUGAAGGCCGCAGAACACGCAGACGAAGAGAACGGGAGAAGAAAGGAGACAUAAAUCACCAUGAUGGGAUGUCAACCGAUGAUGAAGAGUCCCAGUCUGAGAUACAGAUGAUGCAGACUGAAUUAGAACAUAUAGCAGCAGAAGCAAGGAAGAUUUACGAGGAUGUAGAAGAAGAUUUUUCACAGUUAAAACGUAUAAUGGCCAGAUUUGAGGAGUGGAGAAAGAAAGAUUCCCCUACUUAUUCUGAUGCUUAUGUAUCAUAUAACUUACCAAAAAUAUUUGCUCCUUAUAUAAGAUUGCAGAUGCUAUUGUGGAAUCCUUUAAUGAAAGAUACCGAUGGUUUAGAGAUAGAAAGAAUGAAGUGGUUUAAUCUGCUGCUGCUAUAUGGAACAGAUGAUGUUACAGAUGAUGAUCCCAGAAGACUCAGGGAAGAUCCAGACCGCAAGCUCAUGUCCCAUCUGGUGGAAAAAAUUGUUCUAGUUAAACUAAAAGAAAUAAUUGGCUGUUGGUGGGAUCCCUUGUCCCAUGUGCAGACAGUGAGGCUGGUGAACUUAGUGAGACACUAUGCUGAAGCUUAUCCUAGCCUUGGCCCAAGCUCAAAACCCCUCAAGGAAAUGACUCAUGCCAUUAUUGCGAAGAUUAAGGAUGCCAUUGACAAUGAUAUAUUCAUCCCAAUGUUUCCUAAAAAUGUUUAUGACAACAAGAACUCUGGGGUAAGCUUGUUCUUCCAGCGGCAGUUUUGGCUUGCAUGGAAGCUUCUCAGCUCUACGCUUAUGUGGCACAAGGUGCUGAGUGACUCUGUAAUCCAUGACUUGGCUGUUCGCUCUCUCCUCAAUCUGUACCUACUACCAGCUCUCAACCUGGCAGCUGAGAUAAAUCCAUCCGAUGCCCUUGAUAAAUGUAGAAAUGUAAUAAAUGCAUUACCCCGUGCCUGGGUGAAGAGUGAGGGAACUCAUGCCUUCCUUGGCCGCCUUGAAGACUUCUUAGUAAAACUUGCUGAAAAACUUCAAACCGCCCACUCCCCUGCUGUGAAAGAAGUUUGUGAUCUCCUAAAAUCUAUAGGAGCACAGAGCCAAGCUGAGAAAUUGGCCUAUAAGUACCAGUAAAAGUAGUGCAAGCAUUCACUCAGUAUAUCGAAGCAUAUCCAUGAUAGCUUCUCCCACUUUGAAUAGUUUGAGGUGACAGCAUGACUGAAUUCAUAUUCAUAUUAAGCACCGUAUGAAAAUAGCAUUCUUGGUACCAUUACUUUUGUAUUUUUACUGCCAUCAUUAAUUCCUCCCCCUUCUUCUCUUAUGAGUGAUUCUGGUAUUUUAUUAUUAUUAUUACUACUACUUUGUUUUAAAUUUUAAUGUCAUGCCAUAUUCAAAUCUCCCUCUCUUCCUCACAAAAUAUUUAUUUUCUGAAAUUUUAUAUAUAUACUGUAUAUUUGAAAUGCAAAACACAUGUUUAGGUACAAAACUUUGUAUAGAAAUAUUUGAGUAAAUUGAUUAUUGGAAAUUUGUUAGUAUACAAAUCCAUGAAUAAGACAGACUUGUUUGAGUAUUAUUGCUUAGAGUUUGAGGCUAUGAACAAAUGGAGAUUUUGCUCAUGUACAUUUCUCAAUCUUUUUCCCAGUGAGAUUAUUUAGAAUCUUUGCAUUACCCUCCAAAUAUUAUAUAAUUUUGUCAUUAUAUCAUGUCAGUGUGCCACAAAUGGUGUACAUAGAUUCAUUGAUCUCAGUCACAUCAAAUAUACCAAUUCACAGUGCAUCAACAUGUUUUACAAGGGGAAAAGUGGAUAUUCUGAGAUGUUAAAGUAAUAUCCAAGUGGUUUUAUUUUUUGUAUUAAAGUUAUGCUAUGGUUUUA